AUGGCGACAAAAGUUAUCCAGCCAUGGCAGCUGGAACGCAGACGUGAGCAGAAUGCAAGGGCACAGCAACGAAGUCGUGCGCGCCGAAAAGCGUUGGAACAAGCCCUGAAGGAUGAGAGCCCAAAUAUUCAGCUAGUACCCGCGACAAGGGGAUCUAGCCACGUUGGCUGCAAGGGGAAAACUGCGUGCCCGCGACCACAGCUGAAAUUCGGUGACUUUCUGCACUACUUCGCUCGUCCUUCCGACCUGGACAAUGUCGUCAAGAUCAUAGACGCCGAGGGGUUGAACAUUGGCGCGGUCAUCAAAUACGGGCUGAUAUCGAUGGGAUACUGCCUAGACGAUGCAUUGUUUAAUGCCAGACGGGAGGUCUGCUUCGCAUGCUGGGCGUCGACGAUCGAGCCUCAGAUGAGUGGUCGAUUCAGAAUCGGCACCGCUCUACUUGCGGGCGUCCAAGUCCUCUCGCGGCUCAGAGGUCCCGCCGCGUGGUAUUUUGAGAUUGACGGUGGUCAUGUCUCGCGAGUACCGCAGCCGCAUGCGCACAUGUCUGCUUUUGUAGAGAUAGCUAAGCAUAUCGGGGUCCUCGUCGAGGAGAUGGCAGUCGAUGGGGCAAUGUCUCCGUUUACGCCCACUCGGCCCUCUGUGCCGUGGACAUCCCCGGACGAACUCGCAGCCCUGAAACCAGACAUCCAACCAGUCCCCGAACAAUUUACCAUCCCCCACCACCCAUACCUAGAUCUAAUUCCCUUUCCCACAUUCCGAACUCGGGCACUGUUAGCACUCGCGCGCGGCGAUCGGACAUUCAGUGAAACAGACCUCUGUUUUGACCUUAUGCAUGGCGGUCUGCGGUGUAACGGAUCGUCAGAGGUCUCGCUACACGGGCGCGGAGAUGGCGCCCCGUGGGAUGCCCGUAGUUGGGAAGUUACGCCGUGGUUCUAUCGGAAGUGGGGAGGGUUAGUUGGGGAUGAGAGUGAUUUGAUUUAUCGGAGUAGUGCUUGGUGGUGGGCAAGGCGAUGA